UCAUCCACACAAACAUUGUGAAGAAUUCCUUCUUAAAUAUGCAUCAUUCAGCUUGGAAUAAGCAAUAGCAAAAGAAAUUGCCUGAACUGUAACUAUAACUAACGAUUUCGCGCAUUAAAAUACAAUGGGUAACCAAUGUAGGGUAACGUCAAUCAGAAGUUCCAACCAAUCAGACAAGCAUGCCAGCAAUCUGAAAAUACUGAACAGCCAAUCGGUGAAACACGUUAAUAAUGUAACCAUUCUUACCCUGUUGGCAAGGAGCCUGGGUAUGACCACAGUAACAGCGCACCAGUUAGAUCAUCCAAGUGUAUCCUGGAGACGAUACUUGAUGCCCGUGAUUCACAGGACUUGGUGAAAACAUUGCAGGUAGCAGGAGUGACGUUCAGUCGACGAACCAGCAGGAACUACCCACAGACAUGAUGGCCGGAUACUGGACAGUGUGGGCAGCUGCUUUGAACAUCUGUAUGGUCACUGGUCAGAGAAUAACUAUGACACAAUGUAAUACUAAGUAUGAAUUUGGUUCCUACUACCAGGAUAAGAAGAUCGAGAAAGGCAUAAGACGACGUGGCAAUGCGACUAGUCUGGUGGAGUGUUUGUUGGUCUGUGACCGAUUCAGUGCUGGUAACUUCUUCUACAACCGCGCCACCCAGGACUGUAUCUGCCCCCUGGGUUACCCUUUAGUAAUGGUCUCCGCACCUGGUUAUACGUACUACAGCAAACCAGGUCUGAUUGGAAAGUGGAUGACAGUAGCGAUCAACGCUUCAUCACAGGGCAAUGGGUAUCCAUUAAGCAAUGUCAUUGGAGGUUCUGCCUCUGUCUGGAAGCCAAGGUCGGACGAUGCAGCUCCGUGGAUUGAGGCUGGGAUAGAUACUUUCCUCUACUUUGCUAUGGUCCAAAUCUACCCCGACAUCUCUACCUUCACGAAGAACAUCUGGUUUCGGGACUCCAACAGGAACUGGAUGGUGACAUGGACGAAGAAUGAUGACGAUGAGGCAUCCAUUGUGGGAUUUUUUAUUCCACAUUGUCAAAUGCUGACAGUCCCAACAGACGCAAUCAGAAUCACAAUGGACAAACACAGCAGUGUUGAAGUCGCACGCGUUUAUGUGCGUGGUCUUCUGUAAAUUCAUUUCAAUACAAGACCAUCAUUGUUAAAGAACAAGCUCAGCCCACACAUCUUCAACUCUGUCACCAAGUGCCACGGCCCACACAUCAUCAACUCACCAACAGAUACGGCCCACACAUCUUCAACUCCGUCACCAACAGCCUCGGCCCACACAUCUUCAACUCUCUCACCAACAGCCUAGGCCCACACAUCUUCAACUCCGUCACCAACAUCCUCGGCCCACACAUCAUCCACUCACCAACAUCCUCGGCCCACACAUCUUCAACUCUCUCAUCAACAGCCUCGGCCCACACAUCUUCAUCUCCGUUACCAACAGCCUCGGCCCACACAUCUUCAACUCUGUCAGCAACAGCAUCAGCCCGCACAUAAUCAACUCCGUCACCAACAUCCUCGGCCAACACAUCUUCAACUCUCUCACCAACAGCCUCGGCCCACACAUCUUCAACUCUCUCACCAACAGCCUCGGCCCACACAUCAUCAACUCACCAACAGCCUCGGCCCACACAUCUUCAACUCUCUC